CUUAUUUUGUCCAGCCGCUAUUCAAGAUGGAGUCACUCUGGUUCAAACACCUCUGACACAUGCAGCUCUUCAGAAAACCAGCCAUCAUUUUCAGCCUCUCUUGCCACAAUAAUAUUACUAUAAAAAAUACAAGUCAACUUCACUUUUUGAGUCUCUGCUUUGCCCACCCCCUGACUUGUGCUAACCUACUCGAUCCAGCACUUUUGAGCUGUUGGCUUUAAGAUUCAGCUUCCCUUAUUUCUCUUAAAGAGGAAACUUUUAAAUGGUGGCUCUGUCUUACCUGGAUCUGUAAGGAUGUCACUGUGUUUCCCAGAAUAAAAGCUUCUGUUAUUGGCUGAAUAUGCCCUUUUCCCCCCAAAUACUAUAUAAAGGAUGAGCCCUUUACAUAUAAUGCAGAUAGAAUCAAAGUCUUCAUUCACUAAGCAAGCAUUUAUUGAGUGCCUACUAUGUGCCAGGUAUUGUGCUAGGCAUUGAUUAUACCAUAGUAAAUAAGACAGUCUUUUCCGUCAGAGAGUUCAAAGAACAUGCAAAUUGAAUGGUUUGAUAACAGUGUUAUAUUAUGUAAACUAUGAUUAUGUAAAUCGUAUAGCAGUGGCUUCCAACAGGGAGUGGGGAGGCAAGGCAGGCAAGACUUUCAGAGAUGUUGAAACAUGGAGGAUCAAAAAUAUUAGCCAGAAAAGUUGGGAGUGGGACAAAGUAGGGUACUCUACGUAGGAGAAAUAGCAUGAUCUAAAAUUCAGAGGAAGAUGUGUAUAUGGUAACUUGGUAGAUCUAUGGAUAUGAGUUGGGUAGAAAGUAGAGUCUAAGAAGGAGGGAUAAGAGAGGGAGACAAGGGUCAGAUCAUGAAUGUAGCUUUCUAAAUGACAUUAAGCAAUUUAGACUUUCUGAAUUUUUAGUACAGUGUAGAUACUGGAUUGAGGUUGGCAGUUUGGAGGCAGGAUGACAGUCAGGGAAGAGGUGAUGGUGGCAGGAACAAGGCAGGGAGGAGGAGGUGAAGGGAAAAGAGAAGCAGAUGAACUUAAAUGCUGACCAGGUAGAAUCAACAGUUCUUGGUGAAUGACUAGGGGAAGAAGUCAAGGGUAAAGUCCAGGUUUUGGACUUGGCAAAAAGUUGGAAGGUGGGAAAGAGACCCAGGAAGGAUGAGGAAGCUUGGCAUGGUCUGGUCUGGAGGAGGGGAAAAUCAUGAAUGCAGUGUUUGGACACUGAAUCUGAGGGUCUUUUGAGAUGUCAAAUCAGUGAUAGGAUAUACAGAUCUGGAACUUAGAGAAACCUGAGCUGGGGAUAUACAUUUGCAAGUCAUCCACAUGUAAGUGGUGUUCAAAAUCAUGGGGAUGGGUGAGAUUGUCUAAAGGGAAAGCCUACAGUGAAAAAAGAAGAGGCUCUUCUAUGCCUGGGCCUUGAGGAACUCCAACACUGAAUAGCUGUGUAGAAGAGGAUAUUCUAUAAAACACUGAGAAGUUUCCAGAGAAGUGGAAGAAAAAUUGGGAUACAGUGUUUUAAGGAGAAAAUGGUCAAUAAGGUUAAUUGUUGCUGAGAGUUCAGGUGAAAUGAGAAUUGGAAAUUAUCUGUUGGAGUGAGUGAGCACCAUGGAAUUUAAUUUUUAUUGUUUCCUGAAGCUGGUUCAGGGGACAGAAGGGAGCAAAAUCCAGAUUGGAAUGGGUUGAGGAGGAAGUGGAAGGUGAGAAAAUAAGGCCCAUGAAUGCAGACAACACUUUAGGGCAGUUUGGCCAUGAAGGUGAAGAGAGAGAGGCUAGUAACUGGAUCAGGAUAUGGGAACGAGGGUGGGGGCAGGGUGGGGGGGUUUCAAGAAGGAAGAUCAUUAGGUUAAAAAAGCCAAAGAGAAGGAUUUAGUGGAAGAGAAGUUCAGCAGAGAAGAAGCGAAUAAUAAAAAUGUUCAGUUCUUGAGAAGGUGGGAGAGGAUGGAAUGCAAAGCCGUGAUGGUGGGACUGGCCGCCAACAGCAUAUGGAACAUCUGUACCAUAAUGUGGUAGAAGAGGGAAGACGGACUAUGAAGGGAAUUUAUAUGUUUGGCAUUGGAGAGUUGAGAAGUUCCUGUCUGAUGACUUUUUUUCCCCUCUGGGAAGGAGCAGAAGAAAUGUGGUCAGGAGAUGAGGAAUGAGAUGAUCCAUAAACUGAGGGCAGUAUGGAAAACAAACAGGCUGUGAACAACUUGAUGAGCCAGAUGAAGGGUGUCAUGAGCCAGAUGAGCUUAUAGAAGACAGAGAACCUUUACAGCGAACAAGAAAACAAAAGCUGCUCACAGACACAAGAAUCUUCCUCAAUGGCCUGUGAGUGGCAGAGCUUGUGAAAGGAAGUUGAUUCACUGAGAGUGAACCAGAACUCAGGAAGCCCACUCCUCUUCUUCAAUUCCUGAUCUCAGCUAAUGGCACCUUCAUCUAUCAGGUCUCUGAGGAUCCCCGGGGGUGAAACUCCUCCUGGGGGGUAAAAGCACACAACCACUGAGAAGAGCGCUGCGGCAUCCUAGAGAGGACGCGUGUGAGGCUGGGUGCAAGGCCAACGUAGUGACGCACUUCCGUUCACGGACCGCUUUCUGUUUUUCCUGAGCCUUUGCCUGCUAGAGGGAGCCCAGGUCAUGGCAGCCAUACCUCUGAAAACUCGACACCAGGAGAUGGUGACCUUCGAGGAUGUGGCUGUGCACUUCACCAAGACAGAAUGGACUGGACUUUCCCCUGCCCAGAGGGCCCUGUACAGAAGUGUGAUGUUGGAGAAUUUUGGGAACCUGACUGCUUUGGGGUACCCAGUUCCCAAACCUGCACUGAUCUCUCUUCUGGAGGGAGGGGAUAUGGCUUGGGGCCUGGAAGCACAGGAUGAUCCCCCGGCAGAGAGGACCAAAAACAUCUGUAAAGAUGUUGAGACCAACAUUGACAGUGAGUCCACAUUAAUCCAGGGAAUUUCUGAAGAAAGAGAUGGGAUGAUGUCACGUGGUCAGCUGAAGAGUGUCCCUCAGAGAACUGACUUCCCAGAAACAUGUAAUGUGAAAAAGCACCAGAACAUCCCCACAGUGAAAAAUACCCGAGGAAAGGUUCCAAGAAUCCCCUGUGCAAGGAAACCUUUCAUAUGUGAGGAGUGUGGGAAAUCCUUCAGCUACUUUUCUUACUAUGCUAGACACCAGAGAAUCCACACUGGGGAGAAACCUUUUGAGUGUAGUGAGUGUGGAAAAGCCUUUAAUGGCAAUUCUUCAUUAAUUCGGCACCAGAGGAUUCACACUGGAGAGAAACCCUAUCAGUGUGAGGAGUGUGGGCGAGCCUUUAAUGAUAAUGCAAAUCUGAUCAGGCAUCAGAGAAUCCACAGUGGGGACAGACCCUAUUACUGUACAGAGUGUGGAAAUAGUUUCACCAGUAGUUCCGAGUUUGUUAUACAUCAGAGAAUCCACACUGGGGAGAAACCCUAUGAGUGUAAUGAGUGUGGCAAAGCUUUUGUUGGUAAUUCACCCCUACUUCGGCAUCAGAAAAUCCACACUGGAGAGAAACCCUAUGAGUGUAAUGAGUGUGGCAAAAGCUUUGGAAGGACUUCCCAUCUAAGCCAACAUCAGCGUAUUCAUACAGGGGAAAAGCCUUAUUCUUGUAAAGUAUGUGGACAAGCCUUCAAUUUUCAUACAAAACUAACUCGACACCAGAGAAUUCACAGUGAGGAGAAACCCUUUGACUGUGUAGAUUGUGGAAAAGCCUUUAGUGCUCAGGAACAAUUAAAAAGGCAUCUGAGAAUUCAUACUCAGGAGUCUUCCUAUGUAUGUGAUGAGUGUGGAAAAGCCUUCACUAGCAAAAGAAAUCUUCAUCAGCAUCGAAGAAUCCAUACUGGAGAGAAACCCUAUGAGUGUAGUAAGUAUGAGAAGGCCUUUGGGACUUCUUCCCAGCUAGGUCUUCUUGAGCAGGUCCACUCUGGAGAGAAGCCUGUGCUGGACAUUUGUCGUUUUGGCCUCCCAGAAUUUUUUACCCCCUUUUACUGGUAAUAGUACACUCCAGUGAAAUGUACUGAGUGGAUUCCAUCUUCUACUCAGGAAUGGAAUGUGUGACACAGGCCUGACUCAGCCUCUGAUCCAUCCCUCAAGCCACAGUUACUGAUGCAGAUGUCAGUAGAUGGUCCAGUUAGAGUCCCAGGAUUGCAAGAGCUAAUAGGAAGAAAUAUUCUCUGCGCCCCCACACCCCCAUUGGUUUUAAUGCUGAGAAGAACUCCUAGACUCUCACAGAGGCUGAGAAUGAAGUCCUCACAGCAAAAAAGCCAUCUGAGAAUUGGAGAGCAGUCAAAGACUGAAGAUAAUGUUUGAACAGCCACAUUAAACCAUGCCUGAAGCUAAAAAUACAUACGGGUUUUUGAAUUGCAGCAGCCAAUAAAUUCCAUUUUCAUUUGUUUGGUUUUGGCUUUGGCA